AUGGCACUGACAACAGACGUCCUGAUCAUUGGCGGCGGUCCAGCCGGCCUCUCUGCCGCGCUCACGUUGGCGCGACAAGCACACACGGUCAAGAUACUCGACAGCGGUGUCUAUCGCAAUCAGGACGCCGACUAUAUGCACAUGCUCCCAGGCUUUGACCACGUCGAUCCGGUCAAGUUUCGUGGCACUGCAGUGGAAAAUAUCCUCUCUCGCUACGACUCGGUAUCACUACACAGUGUCACAAUAGCAACAGUCAAGAAGACUGAGGAGGGGCAUUUUGAAGCUACGGAUAGUGAUGGCAAAAUUUGGACUGGAAGGAAAUUGAUUUUAGCUACCGGAGUCGAAGAUAUCUACCCAGAUAUCGAGGGAUAUGCCGACUGCUGGGGUACCGGAAUCUUUCAUUGCUUAUUUUGCAAAGGCUAUGAAGAACGCGAAUGCGCUUCUUCUGGUGUCCUCGCAAUCGGAGGCCUCAGCAAUGUCCCAUUUGGUCUCCAUGUGGCCCGACAAGCGACUUCUCUCAGUACAUCCGUGACAAUAUAUACGAACGGCGCGGAGGAGCUUUCUAUCAGCUUACAAUCGGCUUUUGGGGAUGCCGGCAGGAUGAAGUCCGAUUCACGGAAGAUCAAGUCAUUCAAGAAAGGUUCCAAGAACGCUGAAGUCACGAUCGAAUUCGAGGAUGGCUCCGAAGUUACUGAGGGCUUCUUGGCUCAUGCGCCUCCGACAAAACUAAAAGGUCCAUUCGCAGAGCAAUUGGGGAUUGCUAUGCAAGGUAACGACAUUAAGGCCGGCCCACCUUUCUACCAGACGAGUGUGCAGGGUGUUUUUACAGCGGGAGACAACUGUCUUCCCAUGAAAAAUAUCCCGCUUGCAAUCUCAGUUGGAUCUUUAGCGGGGAUGGGUGCUUCUACGCAGGUCAUCGCGGAGCGGCUUGGCCAAAAAUCUAUGUUUGGCUAA